AUGGAGCAGGAGCAGCUCCCUCGCCGCCGCGUCGUGCGCGUGCACUUCGCGGACGCCGACGCCACCGACGACUCCGACUCCGACGUGGAAACGAGCCAGCCCCAGCAGCGCCGGUUCGUGCGGCGGUGCGUGCGGGAGAUCGACCUGCCGCGCCGGCCGUGCUGGGCGGCCAGGAGGAGGCCGAGGGGUCGCGCGGCCGGCAGGAAGUACGACGGCCCGCGGUUCCGCGGCGUGCGGAUGCGGCCGUGGGGGAAGUGGGCGGCGGAGAUCCGGGACCUCCAGCAGGGACGCCGCGUCUGGCUCGGCACCUUCGACACCGCCCAGGAGGCCGCCGAGGCCUACGACGCCGCCGCGCUCCGCAUCCACGGCCCCGGCGCCAACAUCAACCGCGCAGCCUCCUGCUACUACUCCUCCUCCUCCCCCUCGCCGCCGCUCUCCACCGUCACCACGUCCGCGCCGUCGCCGUCGCCGUCACCGUCGACAUCAACAGCAUCCCCGCCGUCGCCAUGCCCCGAGACGACCUCCGCCACGGCCUCCCAGCCGCCGGCCACGGCGUGGUCUCUGGUGAACGCGGACGAGGAGGUCACGGCGGCCUUCGGGAUGGGCUUCGCCGACGAGGAGCCCGCCCUGGCCAGCCUCGCGCACUUCUGCCUCCCGCCGACGACGACGUGCGGCAGGUGGGACCCCUGCGCGGACUUCGUGGAGCUCGCCGACCUCGACGACCUCUUCGCCGCGCCGGAGCUCAUGGCCGCCUGA